AUGCCAGUAUACUUCCGCUCGGUUUUUGAGUUCAAGACCAUAUCCGCCUACCCUAAUCGGAGCAUCUUCUCUAUCGAAUCGUCUGGUUCUCUCAGCACUAUGUUCCCCCCCGCGUUCGCCCCCAUCGCCUACCAGCUACAGGAAGGUCUUCGCAGCGUCGACCUCCAGAGCUUCGACCUUAAAAGCUUGGUUGACAAGGCAGACGUCAAGACAGUGGGACUCGUGGCGCUGGUGGCCGUGGCCGUCGUGGUCCUCGUCAACUUCUUCGUCAAGAGUAUCGCGCCCUUCGGCAAAGGCUUGCUGUCCUCCGCCGCCCACGCCUGGGAUAAUGCUGACCAGUGGGGCCUCAACGCCAUCCGCGACAGUCAGUCCAUGGCGCCCGUGACGAAGGUCCUGGACGCCCUGUCGGAGGCGGCGAAGAAGUGGGACGAGCCAGAGAACGACGUCAGGCACCGUAGCUUCUGA